AUGCGGAGAACUUCCCUCUUCCCUUCGACAGCAAUGGACCAGACAUCUCCAAAAGGAGGGCCCUCCUCUCCCGCAGAGCCAAGACUUCAUCUCCCUUCAACAACGGAUCCUCCAGGCCCUCAAAAUCCCCCCAAACCCCUCGUAUGGCUCAUCUUCGGCGCAACCGGCCAUAUGGGUCGCUCCCUCGUGAAGACCGCUCUAUCUCAUAACGAUCUUGUAGCCGCAGUAGGGCGCACAUACGAGAACAGCCCCGAGGCAAUGAAAGAGCUCGAAUCCGAACACGAGAACUGCAUGGGUCUUCUCUGCGAUGUCCGGGCCCGCGAAACCGUCAAACGAGUCAUUGACGCCACCAUCGCGCGCUUCGGCCAUAUCGACGUGAUUGCCAAUUGUUCAGGAUAUGGCGUUAUCGGAGCCUGUGAAGACCAGGACGAAUUCGACAUUCGUAAUCAGUUCGAAACGAAUUUCACAGGCACUUUGAAUAUGAUUCAACUCUCGUUGCCGCACUUCCGCCAGAGACGCGCCGGUCGAUACCUGAUUUUCAGCUCUACUUCUGGUGCGCUGGGCGUCCCCGGUCUUGGUCCCUAUUGUGCUUCUAAGUAUGCGGUCGAGGGCUUGAUGGAGAGUAUGCUUUAUGAGGUUGACAGCUUCAAUAUCAAGGGCACGCUCGUGGAGCCGGGGCAUAUGCGUCGUGACGAUAUCGCGGACCUUGUCUCUCCUUCUGCUAUGGCGGCGAAUCCGGAGCAGAAUCUGUCGUCCCCCUUGCCGCUGUAUGGUCACUUUUUGGUGAAGCCGCCCAGUGAGCCGUAUAACACUUCUACGUCGCCUGCUGCGCAUGCCCGACGAAUGCUGAUGUGGUUGGGUGACAAGCAGCCCGCUAGUGCUGUCAAAGCGGCUCAUUUAGUCUGGCAACUUGGUCAUUGCUCAUAUCCGCCUCUGAGGCUGAUUCUGGGGACAUAUGCGGUGGAGAGUAUCCGGGAUCGAUUGAAGUGUAUUAUUGAGGAAAUUGAGGACUGGAAACACCUGAGUUUCCCUUUAGAGCCGCAGCAGCCAGGGCGAGAUAGAGAAGGGAGUGAAGUUGGUGGAUGA